AAUUUGGUGCCUUGUCCCGUCUCACUGGUGAUCCUCAGUUCGAGCGAGUGGCGCUGAAAGCGCUAGAGUCACUGUGGAGGACACGAUCGUCACUUGGUCUCGUAGGCAAUCACAUCAAUGUACGGACAGGGCAAUGGACUGCCACUGAUACGGGUAUUGGAGCCGGUGUGGAUUCGUAUUUUGAAUAUCUUGUGAAAGGUGCUCUUCUUCUACAACGUCCAGCGCUGAUGGAACAAUUUCAUGAAUACGCUUCUGCUAUUAAUCGCUAUGUUCGCAAAGGUGACUGGUUCAUGUGGGUAACAAUGACGAAGGGCGCAGUUUCCUUACCAGUAUUCCAGUCCUUGGAAGCCUUCUGGCCAGGAUUACUGUCUAUGAUUGGUAAUGUCGAAGAAGCUUCUCGAAUAAUGCUUCAAUAUUCCCAAGUGAUUCGGCAGUACGGCUUUCCACCAGAGUUCUACAACAUACAAAACUCGGCGGCCGAAAAACGUGCAGCUUUCCCAUUGCGUCCUGAAAUAGCAGAGAGUCUGAUGUAUCUCUACAGAGCCACAGAGGACCCGCAGUUCCUGGAAAUUGCGGCGCAGUUGGUUG